GUUUAUUAUUAUUUGAUCUGUUUUCUGCUCUGUCUGGUGUAAAUUCUAGCCCUAUCUCUUUAAAACUCCUCCCACUGAAACUCCUCCUACUGAGGAGGUGCUGAGCAUGAGACGACUGCAGAGCUUUCCAGGCUGUACUGUUGUUUUCUGCUGAGUCUCCUUUUGUUGGUGGGUUUAUGGAGAAUUCUGGAACUGGAGAAUCUCUCUGAAGGGAAAUGAUCACUAACUGGAUCUACAGCCGCCUGUUUGACUGGAAACAAACCUGAAAUCAGAGACUGAGUGUUUCACAGAACUGAAAGUGAAAGUCUGAGUGUUCUCACUGGAAGGAACAGCAGGAAAAGAAAAUGGCUUCUAAAUCUUUCUCAGAGGAGGAUCUCUCCUGUCCUGUGUGCUGUGAGAUCUUCAAGGAUCCUGUUAUUCUGCACUGCAGCCACAGUGUGUGUAAAGACUGUUUGCAGCGGUUUUGGGAAACCAAAGGAUCCAGAGAAUGUCCAGUUUGUAGGAGGAGAUCUUCAAUUCCUGAACCUCCUACAAACCUGGCUUUAAAGAACCUGUGUGAGAGUUUCUUACAGGAGAGAAGUCAGAGAAGUCCAGCAGAGUCUGAAAACAUCUGCAGUUUGCACAGUGAGAAAAUCAGACUCUUCUGUCUGGAUGAUCUACAGCCUGUGUGUUUGGUGUGUCGGGACUCUAAAAUACACACCAACCACAAAUUUCUCCCCCUUCAGGAAGCAGCAGUGGACUACAAGGAGGUACUCAAAACUGCACUGAAGCCUCUGAAGGAGAAACUGAAGACCUUUAAAAGGUUUAAACUGAAUUGGGAUCAGACUGCAGAACAUAUAAAGACUCAGGCCCAACACACAGAGAGACAGAUUAAGGAGGAGUUUGAGAAGCUUCACCAGUUUCUACGAGAUGAAGAGGCAGCCAGGAUAUCAGCACUGAGGGAGGAAGAGGGGCAGAAGAGUCAGAGGAUGAAGGAGAAGAUUGAGAAGAUGAGCAGAGAGAUAUCAGCACUUUCAGACACAAUCAGAGCCAUAGAAGAGGAGAUGGGAGCUGAAGAUGUUUCAUUUUUACAGAACUACAAGGCCACAGUGAAAAGAGCUCAGGUCACACUGCAGGAUCCAGAGAGCCUUUCAGGAGUGCUGCUCCAUGUGGAGAAACACCUGACCAACCUGAAGUUCACAGUCUGGGAGGAGAUGCAGGAGAUUGUUCAGUUCACUCCUGUAACUCUGGACCCCAACACUGCCCAUCCUAGUCUCAUCCUGUCUGAUGAUCUGACCAGUGUGAGAGGCAGUGAUAAGGAACAGCAGCUUCCUGAUAAUCCAGAGAGAUUUGAUAAAUCUGUAUGUGUCCUGGGCUCUGAGGGCUUUAACUCAGGAACUCACUGCUGGGAUGUUGAAGUUGGAGACAAUACAGUCUGGUUUGUGGGUGUGAUGACAGAAUCUGCUCAGAAGAAGGGAAGUAUUUUUUUCAAGAGUGGAGUGUGGUUUUUUUGGUGUAACAGUGGUAAAUAUGGAGCCCGUUGUACACCUCAGCUAUUCUCCAUGCUCUCAGUAGGUCAGAAACUACAGAGGGUCAGAGUUCAGCUGGACUGGGACAGAGGAAAACUCUCAUUCUCUGAUCCUCUCACUAACACACACUUACACACUUUCACACACACAUUCACUGAGAGAGUUUUUCCAUUGUUCAGUACCCGCGACAUCAGCCCUGUGAAAAUCACAGCAGUGCAGGUUAGUGUAUCAGUGAAUCAGCUUGAUAGAGAGAGUUAGUUUUCGCUCAGGUUUUAGUUGUCGAAUGUGUUUACGCUGCUGUAAUGUGGCUCAAAUGUGUCUCAGACCACCUGCUGAAGUGGUCUGAGUGGAUUUGUAUCUGUUUUAUGUGCGUUUUGGGUUCAUUUGUACUUGCAUUUUCGUGUUGCUUGGUUCUACCCAGGUAUAAUCCUGAUACUCAACACGCAUGAAGUGACCAGGUAUAAACGGGGUCAUUGUUGUUUUUCUCAAUUCAUUAAACACAACAAAUUUGUUUUCACAUUAUGAACAAAAUGUUGUCCAUGCAGUAGAGACCUGUUAAGUGGCUUUACACUUUUUUUACAACAUAGUUGUGAAAAGUUUAUCUUCAUUUUUGGAAGCAACCCCUUUAACAGUAUUAUUAACCAGACUUUUUGGUUUCCUGGCUUUUGCCUUAUUUUAUUUAUUUAUUUAUUUUCAAUUAUAAGUGUGCCUGUGCCUUUGUUAACUUUACUGCUUGUGUGUAAUUUUGCAGCCCAUCCUGUUAAUUUUACAAACUCCUCUAUCAAGUAAAUCUAAUGUGAAUUGUCUGCAGCUGCCAAAUAAAACAGUUUAAAUCAGUUUAACAACUCAAAUGUAACAAUAAAUCAGUCACUGACCACCCUUCAUUUAUUUCCUGUCCAGUAAAUAACAGCCAUUCAGUACACAUUUAGCAUUUUUCAGGAGAUAUUUUUGAGCAGAUAUAAGGUAGUCCAUUCUCAUAACUGCCCCCAUCAGAUAAACAGCACUUAAAGCUUUCAUCUCUGAGAGAGAGGAGAAAAUCAAGCUGCUUCAGAUCUGAAAACAUCCACAGGUGUUUCUGUCCAUCCUUCCACUGUGAGAAGACGACUCAGCGCUGUGGGUCUGAAAGGAGGUGUAGCUGUUCAAGAAGAACCUCACUGAGAAAAGGAGACGGACACAUCAACCAAAGAAGCUGAACGAUGGACUGACCACCCCAGAGUCCAGACCUCAACAUCACUGAGUGUGUUUGGGUUAAUUUGGAUUGUGAGAAGCAGAAAAUGGAAACCAACUUCUAAGACUGAACUUUGGAGAUGUUGAAAAAUAUCCCUGCAGAUUUCUUUAAAAAACUAAAAAUGAGUCCUGUGGAAAGAAUGGCAGCUGUAAUAAAGAAAAAGCAUGCACACACUAAAUACUCAUAUUACAAUUAGUUGUUGAGGGUUUGUUUCAUUUUCUGUUAAAUGUUUUCUGUUUGUUUUUUUUUUAAUUUUUUUAUAUAAAAAAAUUAAUAACAAUUACCAUUUUGAUUGGAAAUGAAAUAAAUUAAGGGUGGUCUCUGGCUUUUGCAGAGUACUCUAGAUUCGAGGGAAACAAUCUUGUGCUUGUGCAGUCUGUCUUCUGAAGAUUUUACUAGUUCUGUGCUCUGCAACAGUAAAUUAGUUCAGUGACGGAUAAUACAGUGAAUAUGAUAUAAAGUACUGCACUGAAUUUACUGCAUAAUUCUAGUAGGGCUUAUUUUCUCUGCUGGUGGUUUAUGGGGUUGCAGAGUGAACUGUAGUAGUGUGUGUCAACACUGCAGUAGGUGAUGUUAUAAAUAAAGUUUUCAAAUACAAUUUAGAGUGUUAGUGACAUAUUAUUGACAUAAUAUGACAAUAUUAUUGACAUAAUAUGAAAUACUUUGUUGAAAGUAGGAAUGAAAUUCUUUGUUUAGGUUGAGAAUUUGUGCUACAACUGUAUAAGAAAGUUCAAGGCAAGACAAUCAAUGAGUCUUCAUAUUAUAAAUAUGAAUACCCUUAGAUACUUAGAACGAAAGUGAAUAAACAGGGAUAAUGCAAUGUAAAGGUCAGAGUACAUCAAUGGGAGAAACACAAACACAAACAUUUGGUUGGUGUGCUAUACCCAUAUGUGAUUGCUGAAAACCUAGAAUGUUCUCUUCCCAUUCACUCUCGUUCGUUUUACUUGUAUGUUCUUUUUUGUGAACAUU